AUGCUCAUCUCGGAAGCAGCCUGCGGGAACACCAUCAUCUGUGUUCCUGUAACACAUCAUUACUCUCCUGUCGCGAUGCAUGUCAUGCUGAGUGCAUGCGAUUACAUUGACACUGACGGUCUGCAUCUGCAUUUGUCAGCAUCAGGGGGUUCAUCUUUCUCAACCCAAACGUCCACCACGGGCUUUGAAUUUAUGCAGCAACAAUAUUUCCACUCUCGCCGAAUCAAGAAAGGUUCCGUCGAGAAACCAUGGCUAGAUAGGAAGGAUUCACGAGAGAAAUGGGUAACCAUAAUUCCGCUUAUUGGGAUUUUUGUAGGGUUAGCCAUAUCCGGGAUAUUGAUAUGGGAUGGACUAAGGUCUGUUGUCAAUCACAAAUACUGCGAGGUCCUGAUUGAAGACUUCUCCGGUGGACUGAAUAAGGCCAUUUGGACUAGGGAGGUCGAGGUUGGUGGUUUCGGCAACGGCCAAUUCGAAAUGACUACCGAUACCGAUGAGAACGCCUUCAUCGAUGAAGAUGGAGUGCUCGUCAUUGAGCCGACUCUUCAAGAUGCUAGCCUUAUCGAACGAAGCAACGUGAUUGAUUUGAGAAAUCAUGGCUGUACCUCAGAGCUCUGGUACGAUUGUAUUGUUGGCACGAACGUAACCAACGGCACCAUCGUGAAUCCUGUCAAGUCAGUUCGUAUCAAUACGAAACUCGGGGCCUCCAUCAGAUACGGUCGCGUUGAAGUCACGGCAAAAUUGCCCGCUGGAGAUUGGCUUUGGCCAGCUAUUUGGAUGCUACCAAAGGGCAAUGAAUAUGGAGCAUGGCCGAAAUCUGGGGAAGUCGAUAUUAUGGAGUCUCGUGGGAAUAAUUACUCGUAUGGUCAAGGUGGUAACAACAUCAUUAGCAGCACUCUCCACUGGGGACCUAAUUCUGCCAAUGAUGGAUGGUAUCGCAACAACGUGAAGCUCAAAGCUGUCCAUGCCACAUAUGCUGAUGGUUACCACACAUUUGGUCUAGAGUGGAGUGAAAAGUAUAUCUUCACCUAUGUCGAUAGCCGACUCCUUCAGGUUAUGUACAAGCACUACAACAAGCCUUUAUGGGACGUCGGUCAGUUUCCGCUCUCUGACAGCAACGGCACCCGUCUCGUCGACCCGUGGAGUUUCACCGGUAACCCAGCCACUCCCUUCGAUCAAGAUUUCUAUCUCAUCUUGAAUGUUGCCGUUGGCGGCACAAAUGGCUGGUUCAAGGAUGGUGCAGUUGGCAAGCCUUGGGUUGACGCAAGCCCGACAUCGAAGAAGGACUUCUGGAAUGCACGCAAUCAAUGGUACCCUACGUGGGAGAAGACAGGGCAGAUGAAAAUCAAGAGCGUGAAGAUGUGGCAACAAGCGGGCUACAACGGGUGCAAGUAA